GCCCCCACUCACUGCCUAUCACAGUACAUGGUGCCACGAGGCUACGGGCGCAUCUGCAACGUCUCCAGUGUGUGUGGCAUGAAUCCCACGCCUAACGAGGCCGUGUACGGAGCUACUAAGGCGUACUUGAACUCGCUCGGUCAGUCCAUCUCAUACGAACUGGUAGGUACCGGCGUUACCAUGACAACCGUAUGUCCAGGAGCGACCAUAACCAAUUUCACGAAGGCCGCAAAUUGCGAAGACGCGCUUGUGUUCUCGCUCACCUUCGUGCCGCAGCUAUGCUCUACAUCAAAGUAUAUGGCCGAGACGUCCGUAAAAGCAGCUCUGAGGGGUGAGGUGAUGGUGGUGGCCCCGACUUUAUACCAUGUGUUGUGUACGAUGAGCGAGUCCGUACUGCCCAUAUGGUUCACGCUGUGGAUGAACUGUGUAGUGUUUAAACCGGCGCCCAGUCUGAGGGACAUCAGUGACGGCCUCAAGAACGCCUUCUGGCGCACGCCCAAGGCAAAAGCUUUAUAGUUAUAGUUAUAGUUCCGAUGUAUAUGGAACACCGCUCGAUUAUAAGAGAUUAGUAUCAUAAGGGCAUUUUGUUUGUCUAAAUAUUAUUUAAAUAGUAAAAAUAUAGAGUAAUAAAAAUAUAACAUCGCU